GGCGACAUAGGUAGCGGACGGGUUUUGUUUUUCAGCACCUUUAUUGGAUAAACAUGCCAGGAAUAUAUUUACGCUAGUGAACUGACUCUCAAACCAGACAAUAAUGUUUGGGAAUUCAUAUCGAAAUGAGUACAAAGCUCUUCCUCAGAAAGACUCGGCUCAUGUUACAUUAACAGGACCUGGGUUGUUCGCAAGUGACUUGGAGCGAGCCCAUUAUUAUGGCCAGAAGGGUCACUCCUUUGAUUACGUUCCCAGAAUCACCGACAAUGACUUCACAGACAGAAGUCAAGGAUGCCUGUCUCGUUUGUGUCACUUGAUUGUCAUUCUCCUGGUGUCAUUAUGCACCUUCAUAACUUUACCUGUGUCGGGGUGGUUUGUUCUCAAAACCGUGCCCAACUACGAGAGGAUUGUUUUCUUCCGUCUGGGUCGAAUUCGCCCCCCUAAAGGUCCCGGGGUAGUUCUGAUCCUGCCUCUGAUUGAUCAGUGGCAACGGGUAGACCUGCGAACCAGAGCAUUCAACAUACCGCCAUGCAAGGUAAGUACUCGAGAUGGAGGGCUGGUGUCAGUGGGAGCUGACAUUCAGUUUAGAAUCUGGAGCCCCGUGAUGUCUGUGGUGGCGGUGCAGGACCUGAACUCCUCCACCAGGCUCACAGCACAGAAUGCCAUGACCCAGAGCCUCAGCAAGAAGACGGUCAGGGAGAUCCAGACGGAGAGGCUCAAACUGGGGGACUACCUAGGGAUGGACAUCAAUGAGUUGACCAAGCCGUGGGGCCUGGAGGUGGACCGCGUGGAGCUCACCCUGGAGUGUGUUCUGAAGGGCCCAGAUGGCGUCACCCACCCAGGCCCCCUGGCAGUGCCCUCCUCGGCCGCGGUGUCAGGCCUGGACGGUAUCCCCGGGCUGGAGGGCAUCGGCGGGCCCAUCCAGCAACUAGCCAUGCAGUUCCUAGGCAACAUGAGUAAUAUGACCCAGUCUCGCCAAGAUAGUGCAGCGGUGACCAUAGUGGACGAGGUGGCAUCUGAGCGUGCUCCCCAGGGACAGAUGACCGGCGCUGAGCAGCUGCUGCUGGCCGUGAGGCCGGUGCUGUCAGAGAGACUGGUCCAGGUGGUGGGGGCCUGCUACCAGUUCAACAUCAGCUCCAGCAGCGGCCAGACCAGCACCUACUACCUGGACCUGAGCCAAGGCAGUGGUGCGUGUGGGGCCGGUCCUCCGGCACGGGAAGCAGACGUGGCCCUCACCCUCAGCGAAGCAGACCUGCUGGCCAUGUUCCAGGGCCAACUGAAGCCCCUGGCCGCGUACGCCUGCGGCAGGCUGGGGGUGGAGGGGGACAUGAGCGUGGCCAUGAGGCUGGAGGAGCUGAUCAGGGCCAUCAGAGGAGCGACUCCUGCAGCCGCACACAGCUGAGACGCAUCCCGCCUGAUUAAACACUGGGGAAACGCACAAGGAAUACUGUGUGGGAAUGUAUAAGAAUAAGUAAGAGAAUGGUUGGUAACACUUUAUUCGGCUAGUCCACCUACACAGACUUAACAAAUGGUUUGCAUUAAAUUCCACUUUUUCAAUGAACAGCACUUUUACCAAACCCAACCCCUAACUUUAACCAUAAAUUGUAAGAAGUUUGUUUAUAUUCAGAGGAUCUGUAGAUACGAUCUGAUCAUAAUAUCAGGGACCAAUUUUGGCCUAAAGGUUAAUACACUCCAUGCUUUCUAAUACAUGUUAGUGGUGGGAAAUAACACUCUGGAGACAAACAAAUAUCAACAGAUUAAAAUCUGCAUCUGCAGUCUGUAAAUGAUUGGCGGGUAUUUUUGAACAGGGCAUAAGGAAGCCUAGGUCAUCUUGAGUAGCUGAGAUAUGGAAAAGACAUCUCAUGUAGUUAUGAGAGUCAAAGGACAUCUUUGAGCUCCCCAAUUUGUGCCUUCUCAGGUAUUUAGAAAGACAGUUGAUUUUUGUAAAAUAGUUGUGAUCCAUGAUACAUUUCCAAUCUCCUGAAAACGUUAUAGUCUGUGUUGUGUUUCAAUGUUAUUGUUGUCUGUGGUUGACUUUUGUGUAUAUUUAUUAAUUUUAAUGACUGAUGUUAAUGCAUUCAUUCUGGGUGCCUUGCUUUUGCAGUGAGAUGUUUUACAUGUGAGUUUCCUCUGUCAAUUGGAAUGAUUUAAAUAAUAAAAAAUGA